AUGUCCUAUCCCAAUGUCCAAGAUCAACUGGGACAAGUACUUAUCGAUUUCUCCAUCCACGGCACUUUCCCUGAGGAGGACGCCGUAUCUUCAGCCUAUGUGGACUCUUCCACAGUAUCUGCAGCUCUAGAAACACUGAACCGGGCAAAGGCAGAGCUAGAGAAUGAAGUCCGCGAGAUCAGCAGAGAAUCCGCCCCCGAUGUGGAUCUCUGGAUCAAGCAUGCCAAAUCCAUACAAGAUGAUAUCGAGCGAUCUCGACGACUGGCAAGCAGUAUAGUGCGGCAGGCCGAGGCAGACGAGGAGAAGAUUGAGGUCCUGCAGGAGAAGGAGAAUUAUAUUGAUUUUUUGUCAAAGGAGCUUUCCUUUAACGACCAACUCCUCGCUGCGCUGCGGUCGCUUCAGGCGGUCAAUGAGAGCUUGAAUAAGGCGGAGCAGCUAGCUAGCGAGAAGAGGAUUAUCGAUGGGCUGCAUAUGCUUGAAGAUGCGUGGAAGCGCUUGGGGGACAUCCCGUUGGAGAAAAGUACAAGGGCCAUGCGGUUGCUGGAUUCGAGAUCUUUUGAAUUACGGAUGCAGAUUCACGAGCAGUUCGCGACAAUAUGGAAGGAACUCAUAAAUGUGAAGCCGGACCACGCUGUAAUCACGAUCAACAGGGUAUUGCCAGGGACCGCAAUGGAUAUAGAUCAAGCAAUAAUUGGCCUGAAAGCCUACAAAGAGCUUGAUCAAGCUGCUAAGAAAUUUUGGGAAGACCUGGAUGAUGUUAUUUUGAAACCUCGUACUAAUCUAAGUGCUGGUUCUAUACCAAGCAUACAAGUCACAGGGAACUCGCUGUCACUUGGCGCUGCUGAAGUCGCUAACCAGACUAUCAAGUCCCUCUUUAUUGACCUAGAGGUGAUCAUAGAGUUCCUCAUCGAGAACCUCCCCCCAGAUUUCAUCCGGCCGUUGGCAGAUAAGAUGAUGCCGACACUUUCUACUCGCAUUCUUGAAGUGUGGCUGGACACUGCCGUGCCCGCUUCCCUUGAUGACAUGAUUGACUACCAAAAAGCUUUGUCUCGAGUAGGCGGGUUUGCUUCCAAGCUGGAGUCUUUGAACUGGCCUGGGGUCGAUACUUUUAACGACUGGGUCACGAAUGCACCCAAAAUAUGGGUCAACAAGAGGCGAGACGCGACAUUAGACUGGACUCGGAAUCAGCUCUCCUUAGGGCUUGGAACUCCGCAGCCUGCCGAGAGAGUCGAGAAACGUAUGGUGGCGAGAGACGAGGGCAAUCAUAUUACUGCUACUGGAACCGCUGUACGUGUCAUCAACCCCAGGUUGGCCGUAACGCAGGAUUGGGACAGUGCGUGGAGCGAUGAUGGUGAAAUUGCUUCACCGCAAAAAGCAGAGAGUCACGAACAAGUUUCAAAUAUUGUAACGAGAAACCGUCAAUCGUUAGACGAAGAACGACGUGUUAGCGAGGUCUUCAGCCCUCUCCCGACGCCGGAUACAGAUGACCAGGCGGACGACGCCGCAGAUGCUUGGGGCUGGGGUGACGACGACGACGAUGUGCUUGAUGUCGAGCCCGAAGCUCAGUUGGCGGCGUCGCAAGUGGUAGAGGUCGCUCCACCCCAGCAACACAUCAGCCCCCCUACACGGGAGAUGACACUAUCUGAAAAUUAUUGGACCUCAUCCUUGCCACGCGCGGUUUACACCACAGUUGAGCAGGUGUACGCCGAUGGUGCAUAUCUACUUCAACCAGAGAAUGCUCAUAUACCCGUUAGCCCAGCCGCUGUGGGCUUGUUCAACCUUCCAAGAUCCGUCCUAGCUCUUUACCGGGCGGUCUCUCCUUACUAUUACUCAUUGCAACCAGGCGGCAACAUGUAUCUAUACAACGAUGCCAUGUGGCUCUCUGAAAGCUUCCAGCAGUUUAUCGCAGCCUGGCAAAACCGUCCCGAUAUCCCACGCCGUACAUUGGCUAUGGUCAAAAUUGAGUCCGAGAUAAGCGUUCUAGUCAGCUUCGGUAAACGUGCCUACACAAACGAGCUGAACGCACAACGCACCAUCAUCAACGACCUCCUUGGCGGCAUUUUCUUCCAACAAGACGACCAAAUCCCCAGCGAGCUCGAAGAGAACAUCAAAGCUGUCAUAACCCACAUCCGCACUACCGCCGCCCUCUGGGACUCCAUUCUCCCCUACUCAGCCUGGGCCUCCGCAACCGGCUCGCUCGUCAAUGCAGUCGCCUCAAAGCUAAUUACCGACGUCUUCGAUCUCUCAGACAUAAGCGUCGACGAAGCCGAGCGCACCGCCACCAUUCUCUCGCGUGUCGAAAGUCUCGACGAUCUCUUCUUACCGAGACCCCAAUCCCCUAACCGGACCAAGCACAGAAUAUCGGGCCCUGACGCCGAAGCAGCGAUUCCCAUCACGUCUCAGUUUGCGGAUAAGUGGAUGAAGAUGAAAUUCCUGAGCGAGGUCUUGCAGAGCAACCUCAAGGAUGUGAAGUUUCUGUGGUUUGAGAGUGAUCUGAGUCUUUAUUUUACGGUGGACGAGGUGGUCGAUCUUGUGCAUCUGAGCUUCGAAAAAAAUGCGGCGGUGAGACAGGCGGUUAAGGAGAUUAGAGAGAGGCCUAACCCGAGGGAGGAAGCUGAUGAUGGGGACGCGACGUGA